AUGAACACGACUACGUUCAAAGGCGACCACAACCAUCACCCUGGCGCACGAUGAGCGACCACGUUCCCACAAUUGAUGACCUGCGGGUCAAGCUCUGUUUCAUAUGUCGCGAAGAAGAACUCUACGACAAGCCAGCAGACCCGCCCCGUACAUGGACACAUCCAUGCAAUUGCACAUUACUCGCCCAUGAAGACUGUCUUCUCGAAUGGAUAAAAACAGCAGAAGCAAAUCCCUCGGCUACAACUGCUGACAGAGCUCAAAAAUGCCCGCAAUGUGGGGCCAAAUAUCAGGUCGAAAGCGAUUUGCCGUUUGGAAUGAAAAUCCUCCAUGAAGCGUUUACCAAAUGGAAUGUGUCCUUGGGAGUAGUGGGCAAAUGGAUGAUUGUACUCGUUCCGGUUGGGUUAGCGACUGGAGUUGCGUUAGGAACGCAUUCUGCUUUGGCCAAGUAUGGAUCGUGGGCUAUAAGAGAGUUUUUCGGAAACGAAGUAUCCGAUGCUCUUUUCCCUUCAAACUCAAGUAAACGGUCAUGGACCGCAGUCAUAAAUCUCCCUCUCAUUCCCAUUGGAUUGGUAUUGUACAGGUUCAAGCCCACAUUCAAUCUCUUCCCAAUAAUCACUGCCCUCCUCGAAUGGUCCAACUUCCAGAUACGCCCUGUUCAGAGCAAUACUAAUACUGUGACUGACACCUUCCUCUCUUGGCCCCCAUCUCCAUUCACGGUUGGACUCGUGGUACUACCAUUGACACGAUACCUGUAUGGAAAAUGUCUGGAUCGAGUCACGCGUUGGGCUUUGGGGAUGCCAAGGACAGAAGUGAUGAAUGCCACGCCUGAAGAGGAUCGAUUCCUUACCUUUCGGGUCCGAAAUGGAGGCGAAGAACAUGAAAACCGUCCAGAAGCUGAAGAACGUCCGGAAGGUGAAGCGCCACGUCCGGAAGGCGCAGAACCAGCAGAACCUGCGGAGGCAGGCAAUCAGAAUCCAGCCAACGUAGUAGCAGGAGGAGCUUCUAUCACUAUCAAUGCUUCGCCAAUUGGUCGUACGAUAGGCGGAGCACUGCUCAUACCGCUCAUUGCAAAACAUAUGGGAAAUCUUCUACUUCGGUUUUCGAAACAUUCCGAGCCGUUGAGAAAGCUUUUGGCUGUGCGGACCCCAGGGCUUGUUUCUUCCGUCUCGCCAGCGCCGGGGACAGGGGGAAUGAAGUGGAGCCUAGUUUUGAGAACGCUAUGGGGAGGAGGACAGGCGUGGACUGAUUUUGAGCCGAUUUGGUGGAGAAACACGCUCGGAUUCGGCACGUUCGUACUUGCCAGAGAUAUGAUUAACCUUCUUAAUCUUUAUCUUGUCAAGAAAGAGAUGGAGACACGACGUGUUAAGAAUAGAGAUUUUCGCGAUGUUGAUCUAUCUAGUUUGGACGUCAUGCCUAGGAGGGACAGUUGAAUGUUAUAGUGGUGGAAUUGGUGCGUAUCAGUUAUGUCUACCUUUCAUUUAUCACUGUAGCCUGCGACGCUUCAUGUAAUUAGGCUGGUAUAGGACUAUCUCAGCAUGUUACCUACGCGUGCGCGGUUCC